AUCCAUUUCUUGUUGUCAUUAACAAAAAAAAAAAAAAGGAAAGACGCCUUUGCUCUGAAUUUUGAAAUGCAUUAUCUGAUGAAACUCUUCUUCUCCCUCUCUCUCUUCUUUGUAGGGAUCAAUGGAGCAGUGGGUUCAAAUCAGCCUUCCCAAGCCAAUAAAAAUCCGAAGCUGUUUGUGUUCGGAAAUUCUUAUGCUGAUACCGGAAACAUGAAGCCCACUGCAUUGUCUUGGAAACUCCCUUAUGGUAUCACUUUCCCCGGUAAACCUUCCGGCCGUUAUUCUGAUGGCCUUACCGCCACCGAUUUUCUAGCAAAACAGUUGGGAGCAAAAUUACCGUACCUCUGGAGAACUCACGGAAAAAAGAAAGUUAAACUAAACAGAGGAAUGAAUUUUGCGUUCGGAGGGUCCGAAGUGUUUGACUCUCCGGUUGAUCGAUCGCCAAACAUCUCUACUCAGGUGGGUUUCUUGGUUAACCUUGCCCUUGCCCGCCGUGUCUACACUAUCGACGGCGACCUUGCUUCCUCCUACGCUCUCCUCAGCUACUCCGGCACCGACUAUUAUGGUUUCAUCGACCAAAACCCUAAUAUGGCUGCCUACCCAGCAUUUGUAGAGUUCAUCGUGGAAGAUAUACAGUAUAGUCUAGGGAUAAUGAACGGCUAAAAAUUUAAGAAUAUAGCAGUUACUUCACUGCAUCCGCUCGGAUGCCUCCCACGUGUCACCGUUGCAUCAUCAUUUCGGAGUUGCAACGAGUCAUAUAGCGAUUUGGUGAGACUCCACAACGAGUCGUUGAAGAAAGCCGUGGCCAAGCUUAACAAAGAGGACAAGUUUAGGACUAAGGGGGACCGUUUUGUCAUCGUUGAUCUUCACAAAGCCUUCAUGACCAUCUUAGAGAAAAAAGGGAACAAAAGGUUUAAAAGCCCGUUGAAGCCGUGCUGCGAAGGCGAUUGUGCACGUAUGGAUAUGAAGGGUGCAAAGAAGUAUACAUUAUGUAAUGAUCCAAAGUCUGCUUUCUUCUGGGAUGAAAUUAAUCCAACUCAAGAAGGAUGGAGAUCGAUUUACUCGCUAUUAGGCAAAUCUCUAACCGAGUCUUUGACCAAAGGGUAAAAAUACUUUUUGGCAUCUAAAAACUCGAACUGUGUUGGAUAUUUUUUUACGAUGAAAUCGAAGGGAAUAGAGUUAAAAGAAGCAUAAAUUUAAAGAUCUGUUUACUGUU